GCCUCCUACGGUCCUCGCUCCGGGCCUCGGACUCCCACCGUGCGGGCUCGCAGGUGCUGCCGCCGCUUUCCCACCGAUCAUGGGGCUGCCUCGCCGAGCGCGGGACGCUGCAGAGCUGCGCAAGAGCCUGAAGCCGUUGCUGGAAAAGCGACGCCGUGCGCGCAUCAACGAGAGCCUCAGCCAGCUCAGGGGGCUCAUCCUGCCGCUGCUGGGCAGGGAGAACUCCCGCUGCUCGAAACUGGAGAAGGCUGACAUCCUGGAAAUGACCGUGCGCUUCCUGCAGGAGCUGCCUAGGUCUUCCUGCCCUGCGGCAUCGCCUGCGCCCUCCGACAGCUACCGCGACGGCUACAGUGCCUGUGUGGCGCGCCUGGCUUGCGUGCUGCCCGCCUGCCAGGUCCUGGAGCCCGCGGUGAGCGCACGCCUGCUGGAGCACCUCCGACGGCGAGUGGCCGGCGCCACCUCCGACAGCGCAGGGGACUCCCGGGGCCCGCCCUCGGCUGCCUGGCCACCGGCACCCCCACCUGCGCCCUCACCGCCUGCACCUCUGUGCUGCUCGAGCCUCUGGCGGCCGUGGUAGCCUCCUUGCUGGUCCACGGACGCUGCUGAUUAUGAGGGAGCUGGAGCGCUGGGCAGGCUGAAGCUCUUGGUGGCUGCUGUUCCCACCAGGGAUGAGUCCAAUACCCACAUCCCCGCCGGAUCCCGGAUGUUUGUGACCAAGGUGGCAGACUGAUAGCUGCAGGGGCUCAGCUCCAGGAAAUAAGGGGAGUGGCCCUGUUUCACCCCCAGCUUGGUGAUGUCUGGCCAGAGGAGAAGGUCAAGUGCCUGUAAGAUGAGGAGCCCCCUGACCAAGCUGGUGGAGAUGGUUCUGGAACUGGGCCAACAACCAAGGUCUGGGUCCCGACACACCUGCCCAGUGCUGGCACCACACCAAGGCCUGAGCCAGGAGCUCACCUGGGCCAGGUGCAGGUGCCCUCCCAGCCCUGCCCAGGCCUAUUUCUGUCCAGAUGGGCUUCAGCACCUAUGGGCACACAGCAGCAACGGUUGGAGGGGCUUUGGUCACUCCCAAGGCUCUGCGGAGGACCAGAGCAGGGCAAAGGGACACAUGGGCUUGGGAGCCAACACUACCACUCACAGCCUCUCCUGCCCAAGGCUUCCAGUCAUAGAGGCAGUGUACAUCCAGAGAUCUGUGCUGCCCGGCAGGAGGGCUUCCUUAGGUGGUCUUGGAAAGGAUUUGUUUCUCAAGCAUUGACUUAACACCUGUGUAUUACACACCUGGGCAGGUGCUCUUGCAGUGUGGGGAAGUUGUGGGGCAAGAAUGAAGCUGCCCUGUGGCCUCAAGAAUGCGUCUGGCUUUGGAGAGUCUGACCCAGCACAGAGACAGUGCCAGUGUGGGGUGAGCAGGGGCCAUCCCACUGCACGGCAGGGACUGAAAGAACAGCAGCAGGUUAAGGUAUCAGAAACACCUUUCCUUAUUUUCUCUUGCAAACUACUCCCUGUUGCUCCUCAGGACUGUCUACUGGGAGCAACUUGUUCUUAAGACUUCUUUCUCAGAAGCCGGGAGGCCUGGGGUGGGGCCUGCUAAUCCAGGUAGUGAGUGCCUAAGAAGGCAGGAGCCCCUGCAGCCCACGGUUAGGCACACUCCUAGCAUUUCACCAGGUUUGCUGAGAGUGCACAGGGGGAAUUCUUCUCACAGCUCCCAGAGGACCCUGUGCUAGGGACUCAACUAUAGAGGCAAGAAGACAGAACUGUUGGGAGGAGGGGAUGAGCACUAAAUCAGACUGCACCACACAAGCCAUGACCUUGGGUCUGGUUGCGAGGCAGGAUAUGGAGGAAGCUCUGGGCAUUAUUGAAACAUUUAAUGUGAAAAUGUCAGGGUGAGGCCCCCAGUAAGGCUGUGCUCUCUUCCCAUUUUUCAGGGCCUAGCUGGCUGGACUGUGGGCUCCUGAGGGUGCUUCUAUGUCCCCAAGGCACUGGAUGCAUAGUGGGCGCUGAAUGAACAUGGUGGACUAAUGGGCAGGGGGUGUGAUUCAACCACACAGUACUGAACUUGGGACCAUCUGUCUUUUGCUUACAUAUUUACUCCUCAGGGACAAAUGUUGGGGAGGGUCCGGAGAGGAGGGAGGACAGUUCUUUCUUAUUUUGCCUGUUCCUGGGAGUCAGUGCUUGCUGCCACUGCCUUGUUGGACCGCAAGGGUUAAAUAGAGAGUGAGAUAACCCAUAGCCCAAGCCCACCCAUGACUCCCAGGUCCCUCCUUGUACCUGGAACCCUAAAUGAGGCAUGCACAGGACACGCUCCUUGGCUCCAUAAAUAAGAACUCUCAGUGUAGGUUUAAAUGCUACAAGCCAACCAACCAGGGACCCUGGCCUCUUUUCAGCCAGGCCUGCCACUUCUGGCUUCUGAGUGUGGGUGACUUGUGUUGAUCUGGCCCCAGUCAAGUGACAGAGUGGAUAGGCCAGUGACUCACAGAGCCAGUACUCUGGGGAAGCUGAGUCAGGAGGCCAGCCAGGUCCUGGCAGGGAGCCAGGGCAUGCCCAGGCAGUUGAGGUUCUGCACCCCAGGUAAGAAGCCAGAGUUUCUCAGCAGGAAUAUGCAAGAGCUGCCCAGAAGUUCUCGUUUGGUGCCCAAGCUGGGCUUGUGAAAUUCGGACACCAAAAACAUCCUCUUCCACAAGGUGCCUGUGGGCACCUCCUCCUGGACGCUCCUCAGGUGUCCCCAGAGUCCUGUCUGAUGGCCAAAGGUGAGCACAGGGCAGUAGGCUUUAGUAGGAAGGAGGCUGCUUCAAUCAGGGACAUUUUAUGACCCUUAACAAGUCCUACACCUUGCCCAAUGGCCAGUUCUUCAAAUGCUUAUUUUGAGAUGAUUCCAUUUUUGAAUCUGCCUGUCUGGUUAUAUCCCAGCUGAAGAAAAGGCUCCCAUGUCUCUCUCUCAUAAAACUAGUAGGUGAGGUCAGACAUGGUGUUUCAGGCCUGCAAUCCCAGCACUCUGGGAGGCCUAGGCAGGAAGAUCCCUUGAGCUCAGAAGGUCAAGAUCAGCCUGAGUAAGAGUAAGAACUCAUCUCUACUAAAAAUAGAAAAAUAAGCCAGAUGUGGUAGCUACUGGAGAGGCUGAGGUAGGAGAAUUGCUUGAAGUUUAAGGUUGUGUCAAGCUACUUAUACAUGUAUGAUGAUGCCACUACAAUCUAUCUGGGGUGACAGAGCAAGACUAUGUCUCAAAAACAAACAGGGGCAGGAGCAGUGGCUAACACCUGUAAUCCUAGCAUUCUGGGAGGCCAAGAUGGGUGCAUUGAUUGAGCUCAGCAGUUGAAGACUAGCCUGAGAAAGAGUAAGAUCCUGUAUCUAACAUAGCCAGGUACUGUGGCAGGUGCCUGUAGUCCCAGCUACUUGGGAGGCUGAGGCCAGAGAAUCACUUGAACCCAGGAGUUUGAGGUUGCUUUGAGCUCUGACACCAUGGCACUCUAACAACUAUGGCAAAGUGAGACCCUGUUCCCCCCCCUAAAAAAAAACCCAAAACAAAACAAAUAAAGAAAACUCAUGGGUGAAAUGAUUCCAUGGCUCAAGGAAACCUGGAGAGCUGGCUGUUGGGGAACCUAUCUUUGAGGAGAUGGGGCACUGGGACAGGUGCCGACCUGUUUUUCUGGACCAGGUAGUUAGGAGAAGUCACGUCUUCUUUCCAUGAGAAUGAGGACAGAGUGGACUGUCAAGGAGGACUCUCUCAUCAGCAUUUACAAAUUGCUGUGCCCCACCUGUGACCUCAGACUCCUGCUGGAGAGUUUCCCCCACACCACUCCCGGAGCCUGCAGGGACUGUCUGGAAGAACCAUUCCCAUGACAGAUACAAGAAUAAUGAAAAAGAUUGAAAUAGUUCAAGGAUUGCCAAAAUGUGACACAGAGAUACAAAGUGAGCACACGCUGCUGGGAAAAUUGUGCCGAUAAAGCUGUUUAACCCUGGGGUUCCACAAAGGUUCAAUUUGUAAAAAAUGCGCUGUGUGUGAUGUACAAUAAAGCA